AUGGAGGGUCUGCCCUGGAGAUCUCACCUGCAGAACUGGGGACGUGAGCUCUGCUCCUGUUCAUCCAUGUCCCCAGCGCGGGUGGGUUUGGUUCCGACUCACGGGGUUCUCGCAGUCAUGCUGGUUAAUAAAAGAGGUGACAGCAGCUGUUACCUGCCCUCCCCACUGCUGGAGGUCCUGGAAUCAAGGUGCUGGCUGUGGCCAACAAGCACUGAUUUUGGUGGCUGUAAACAUCUCCUUGCACUGGAGGGUGGUAGUAGCGUGGGGCAGGCAGGGCCCUCUUUGAGGCAGAAGCUUUCGGACUUCCCUGUGGAGGAGAAAGAAAAGCUGGCUGAAGCUGAGAUCAGGAUACUGCAGAAACAGUUUCGGAUAGUAGCAGAAAAGAGGAAAUCUUAUAUUGCCAACAUGAGGCAUAAAAUUCAGGCCCAGGAAAAAGAGAUAAAGUCGCUGACUGAAGAACAUCAAAAGGAAUCAUUAAUGCUGAGCCAGCUCAUAUCCCUGAGAAAUGAGAUGCUGGAUGACAAGAUUUGUAUGGAGCUCCAAUGCCUUUUGCAGACCAAAUAUCAGUAUGAUUCUCUGAUUAGAGACAGAAAAGCCCUGUUAGCCGACCUGAACAACCAGAUACUAGAGCUGGAAAAAAAGGUGGUGAGGCAAAACCAGAUAGCAGUGAACGUGAAGCAAGUGAACUGUAGCAAACGACUGCAAAAGAAGAUUGAGGCACUGGAGACGCAUCUAAACAACGUCACUGUUCAUUUCAAUACCAUCCUGACUGGAAAUAACAAGCUCCAAGAAGAGAUCGAAAACCUGCGAACCCAGAAAGCUGUUUUGGACAACUCCUACAUGAAGCUCCACAAGAAGCUGGAUCAGCAGAUGAGAAGGAUGAACGCUGCUAUUGAGCAAUCUGCACAAGCCCACAAGCAGUGGAUGGACUCUCUGGCAAAGAUUUCAGCCAUGAAAGAACAGCACAACAAAGACACUGUCCACUUCAACACUGAGAUGCGGGAGCGGAAGCGUGUCCUUGUCCAGAAUGCCCAAGUGAAAAACUUCAUGCUCACCAAAUCUAGAAAUCGCUCUGAAAUGGAGAAACAGGCCAAAGAGAAAAAAGCCCUGAAGGUAGCCCAGCGGGUGAAGCAGAGGCAAAGCGUGAGCCAUGAAGUGGCUUACAGGCGCCUGAUGGAGCUGGCGGAGGACGGGGACAUCGAUCGGCUGGUGAAUGGCUUCAUCGAAAGGGAGGGGAAGAACUUGUCCUGCUUCAGCUAUGCCACCAAGCUGAGCAGCGAGAUGAACAAGAUACAUCAGAAGAUUGAGGACCUCCAGAAUGAAAUUACGGCCAUCGUGAUGGACCGGGAGCGUGCAGAGAGCAGCAACCUUCGUAUCCUGAAGGAGCUGGAGGAAAAACUAACGGAAACCACCGAGGAAACCAGGCGGUACGAGGAGAGAUGCAAAAAGAGCAGCAAAGUCCUGGGCCAGCUCAAAUCCGACGUGGAGGACCUGUGCAAAGAAAACAACUGCGACGCUACAAAGAUAAGGCAGCAGCUCAGAGAAAACAAGCAGAUCAUGGAGCUGAACCUGACACAGUUUUCCGGUCUUGUGGAGAAAACCAAGGAGCUCCUGCUGCUGGAGUCCAUCCUGCGCUACACAUCGGCUGAGGCUGAGCUCCUGGGCGAGCCCUUCGUCAGCCCGCUGCUGGGCAGCACCGAGCACCUUCAGGCGACGGACCAGGCCCGGCUCUGCCCGCUGCCCCCCACCCUGGACGGCACCACCGACGCCACCGAGGCCUUGGAGGUGCCGCUGGACCACAGCCAGCUCUGCCAGCUGGUUCACCAGAGCCAGGGGAAAAAGCAGGAGCGACACCACCAGCACAGGAAAGAAGAGGAGUGGUGUUAA